CGCCAAGCCACAUAAGUAUUUUACUCGUAUACAUCGAUUCAUCACUAUACACAGCAAAGUUCAAACAUGUACGAGAUAUCAUGCUCCGUCCGUUUACUGGCAUGUUUUCUACUAGUACAACACGUUAUAGGUCAAUCACUCGGUUGCAACAUGUUUGAUAAUUCCAAACGAAUGGUUUCUCUAAGUAGUCUGCGACCAAGUCAGCAAAAACAAGUGUCAAGUGCCGAAGAAUGCUGUGAAGUUUGUCAUAGCAAAACAUGGUGUUUGUCCUGGACGUACGAUAAGAGAGAAUGGAAUACGGGUCGUAACUGCUUCCUGAAUGACAAUAUUCCAGCAUCGCAAUCCCGAGAUUGCUGUGUAUCCGGAGUAGUUGAAGCAUUCUUAGACGUAAUCCCGAGGGGCCCGGCUUCGUGCGUGAGUCCAGGGGAAUUAAUAAACGGCCACUCGACGGCCACAGACUUCAGUGACGGCGUGUAUGAAAAUGGUGCGACUAUAGAAUUCACGUGUGACGAAGAAUAUACCAUAGAAGGGCUACAUCAAUUGUCUGUAAUGAUGCCAAUUGGAGUCACGUGAUGCCAGUCUGCGUACCAGUGGACAACAAUAUUGAUAUUGAUAGUGGCAGCGGUUUUGAUUCACAGGCUAGAUCAUGCAGCGACCCCGGCAGUCCAAAACACGGUUAUAAGCUUACACCAAUGGUAGGUAUGAACUAUGAGAAUGGUAAUGUUAUCGGGUUUGCCUGCAACGACGGGUACUUAUUGAAAGGCUCCAGUGAAAUAAAGUGCGAGAAUUCAGUGUGGUCGGAUGAUUUACCAUUCUGUUCAGGUUUUAGUGUCACAUGUUCCGCUGAAGAUAUCCAAGUUAUUGUUCUUAAAGAAUACAUCGAAUAUAUAGAUGCGUCAUUGUUAUCCUUGCAAGACUCGUCUUGUCGACCUAAAGACUCUGAGACCCAUAUUGAGUUUAUGAUUCCUCUGAAAUCGUGCGGAACACGUGUUGAGGAGACAGACGAGUAUUUCGUGUAUUCUAAUGUGCUGCGGACACCACCUGUUCCAUCCGAUUCCCCAAUCAAAAGAUAUCCUGAUAUACUGAUUCCGUUUCAGUGUCAAUAUCCACGGCGCAUUAGCAAUAAUCUGGUUCAUAAAUAUGAGGUAGUCAAUGGCAAUACGCUUAUCGACAGCGACGCCGAGAUGGGUGAAUUUCACUCAAGUCUAACAUUCUACCAUGACAACGACUUUUCUGGCGUGUAUGAUACGGAGACCCCCGUCACCGUCAGACUCAGAGAAGAUGUAUUCUUUGGUAUAGACGUGAGUGGAAACGGCCAGGCCAUGGCCGAGUGGAAGAUGAAGACUGAGACUUGUCGGGGUAGUUCAUCUCUUCAUCCUACCGGUAAAAAUGACGAAGUGUACACGCUAUUUGACAAUGGAUGUCCAGUUGAUGCAAGCUUCAGGCAGAUUCAAUCCGACAAUCCACUGGGGGAGAAAUUUGCCAUGCAAUCGUUUCGAUUUAAAGACUAUGACCUAGGAAAUGAGGUUUAUAUACACUGUGACAUAAUUCUAUGUAACAGAAGUGAUACCCAUUCAGCAUGCGAUGUCGACUGUGAAACCCCUGAAUUACGGCGUCGUCGAUCUGAUGACAGCAUGGUCAAAACUAUCUCCGUGUCUAAGGGACCUUUGAUAUUACUCGACGAUGAUGUUGAUGAAGAUUCUACCCACAAAACUGGAAUAUUCAAAGCCAAAGCGGUCGGUGCGUAUACCGGAGUCAUAGUGGUUGGAGUAAUCUUGUUGAUAGGGCUUACACUUAUCGUGUCGAAAAAGACCAAAGAAGCGCAAAAAUGAAGAAAACUUGAAGAUGGAAAUCAAAGAUUGUAGAAUGUUAUAUGCGUGUCACGUGAUCUGCCGCGUUUAUCCUGGUGACUAUUCAGUUUCUAGAACCUGAUACAACUAUCGCCAAAUAAAUUAUGAAAUUAUUCUAAGCUACAUAAAAUAUAGCACCGCGUCACCAUAACGACACGGUUUGUUUGUGUGUAAAGUUUGGGAUAAAUUUGUUGCGCAGCAUUUAGAUCUUAGUCUUCACAAUCAUUUUAAAUACAUAUUCAUGAGCGUGAUUAAUAAUCUCGAAUCAGACAAAUUAAGAUUUGCUAAAAUUGAGAGUCGGAAUGUUUCCCUGGGCGGUAUAAUAUGCCAGAUACAUAGCAGUGCCGCCAAUCAGUGGAAAGCUUAAUUCUAUAUAAUGACUGUUAAAUCAUAGAAAUAUGUUGCUCUUUCUCAUAUUUAUAAAUAAAAUAGUAUUGCAUACGAGUA